AUGGCGUCGGCGUCAAAGCUUCAUAUUGACAUUUCAAUCACUCCCAAUCUUUCAUCGCCUGAACGUCUGCCAUUGCCUCCACCAGAAGUAAACAAACUAGUUCAGGAUGUGAUUAGAGAUCAAGUCAUCGCUCAGCCUGAAGCUCAGGCUAUUGUCUCGGCGACUGUGAAUCUCACAUACAAAGAACUAGACGAAAGUUCUACACGGCUGGCUAUUCAGAUUGCAUCUUCUGGAGCCAGCUUGGGUUCUAUUGUGCCAAUUAUCUAUGAGAAGUCUGCCAUUACCAUCGUUGCUAUGUUGGCAGUUUUAAAGGCAGGGUGUGCUUUCACUGCGCUAGACGCAUCUCACCCAACACAGAGACUGUUGGAGAUUAUUGAAGACACCGAUGCUCCCAUUCUGCUGGUGUCUGCUGAACAGGCUCUGCGAUUCAAUGGUCUUGCUGGAGUUCCAACCUUGGAACUAUCCACUGACAUCUUCUCUGGUGAGAGCACCGCUGCCGAGUCACCCGCAUCUCUGUCUGAUGUCUCGCCGCAUCAUCUGAUGUACACCAUCUUUACCUCGGGCAGUACAGGCCGUCCAAAGGGUGUCAUGAUAGAACAUGGCGCCUGGCUAACGAGCGCUCUCGCAUAUGGCGCUGACCAAGAGCUCAACUCCAGCUCGAGAGUCUUGCAGUUUGCGUCGUAUGCUUUUGACAUGUCUUUGAUGGAGAUAUUUACGACUCUCAUCUUUGGCGGCUGCAUCUGCGUGCCGGAUGAGGAAGAUCGUUAUGGAAGAAUACAGGAGUUUGUCAAUCAGACAGGCGUCAACACCUUGAUGUUGACGCCUUCCUACGCCAAACUGUUGGACCCCGCUACAAUGCCUGCUGUGAAGAUGCUUAUCACCGGUGGCGAGGCUGCCCCAAGUGAUUUACUUGAGCUGUGGAAUCCGCAUAUGAAAGUCUAUAUCGCCUACGGCCCGACGGAGGCCUCUAUACAAUCUGCUGGUGCCAAGCUCGAAAUUGGAACUACCACGGUCCCAUCGGGGCUCAUAGGGCGCCCAACGGGCUGCAAUCUGUGGGUUGUCAAAGAGGAUAACCACAAUGAGUUGAUCCACAGGGGUGAGAUCGGGGAGCUGGUCAUUGAAGGAAAUACUCUUGCACGAGGCUACUUGAGUGACGAGGCCAAGACCGCUGCCUCAUUUGUCAACAUGUCCAUCGGUAUAGAUACCCGGCGUGUGUUUAAAACGGGCGAUUUGGUUCGCCAGACCGAGGGCGGAGAUAUCAUCUUUGUUGGCCGCAAGGACACGCAGAUUAAGGUGCAGGGCCAACGCUUCGAGCUUGCUGAGAUUGAAGCAAGGUUGGCUCGGACUCUGCCCCCGGGAUCCAAAUCUUGUGUUGACAAAGUUGUGAAUCCCAAUUUCCAUAAUGGAGGUUCCAUUGUGGCCUUCCUCAGCGACUCGGUAAAAGUGUCGGGCAACGAGGAGCCGGAGAUCAACUGGAAUCAAGUUGAGACAACCUUGGAAAGCUCCCUCACGAUUAUGGAGAAUCUGGGAACAAUACUCCCGAAGCCAAUGAUUCCAUCACUAUACGUGCCGGUCUCUUUUAUCCCUCUAACCACUUCUCACAAGACAAAUCGCGCUGCAUUGCGAGAGUUAAUCACGUCUCUGGGCCCCAUUGAGAUACAAAAACUCCGAAAGCCAGAUACGCCCAAAGGCGAAACCAGAGCCCUGUCUGCUGAGGAGUCAACAUUGCGAGAGUUGUGGGCUUUUGCUCUAAACCUGGACCCGGAGACUAUUCGACCAGAUGAUCACUUCAUUCAACUUGGAGGCGAUUCAGUGACUAGCAUCAAGCUGAUCGCUGCAGCACGCAGUCGAGGGAUCACACUCACAUCUGCCACUGUCCUCUCAAACCCGGUCCUGUCCGACCAAGCUCGACUCGCAUUCAGCUCCGACGCUGGAGAGAGUGACGAGAAUAUCCCACCGUUUGGGUUGCUAGAGGGCCGUUCGCACGAGCUCCGUGCAGCAGCAGCCGCCAUCUGUAAGCUUCCAAUUGGGGAAAUAGAAGAUGUCCUGCCCAUGACACUCAGCCAGAUGCGGUGGUACGGAAAGACUUUGGUGAAGCCAGACGCAUGGAUUGACCAAUACCACUUUCAACUCCCCAGCGACGUGGACCUUGUACGAUUUAGUUCGGCCGUCGGUUCCAUCGUAGAAGCCACCGAUCUCUUGCGGGCAAGAGUUCUUGUCACAGGAGACAAGAAGCUUUUUCAGGCCAUCAUCAAAUUCCAUCCAGUUCAAGUCAUCGAUGCUAGUGAUACCUUGGAAGACUACUUGAGCCGGGAUCUCGAAACUCCCAUGGGUCUUGGUGCACCAUUGACACGUUUCGCUGUACUUCAUCAAGCCAACUCAACUAAAGUGUUUGUCUGGACAAUCCACCAUGCCGUCUACGACGGUUACUCUCUACCGAUGCUGCUCCAAACCAUUCAGGAUUUCUACCAGGGCCUUAAGCCAGCCCCGUUUACUCCAUUCAACCGCUACCUCAAGGGUCCUGAAGAGAAGGAUCUGGUUGAGGGAGAGGCAUUUUGGAAAACUUAUCUACUGCAGGCUUCUUGGACCAAAUAUCCCGUCUUGCCACAUCCAGAGGAAAAGUCCCCACCACAGAUGGGCAGACUCUUGCGGACCAUCAGUAUCGUCAGCUCUGAAAGUGCACAAUCUGUCACCAUGGCAAACGUGAUCCGUGUUGCGUAUGCUGCAACGCUCUCACACCACUCGGCAGAACGCCCCAGCUCUGUGCUUUUCCUAGAAUCUCUUGGUGGUCGGAACUCAAGCCUCAAGGGCAUCGAUCGUGUCGCUGGGCCGACCCUGCUCACCAUCCCGACGAGGUUGGAGCUACCAGGUGUCAAAUCAUGCAACGAUAUUGUACAUGAGGCGCAGACAUCACUUGUGGAGAGAAUGAAGUUUGAGAGUUUCCCCUUGCCUCGCCUCCUGCCACUUGCACCAGCUCUGGAGCUGCGUAACGUCCUCAUGAUAGAGAAUGAAGCGUUUCUAAUCAACGGAGAUGGCAAUGGUCUAUUCGGCCGUGGAAAAGAAGAGUUGAAGUUGGAGGAGACGGAGGGCUUGCCAAUGAUAUUCCGAUGUACUAUUCUUCAAAGCCAGUUGGAUAUCGAUAUAAGAUACGACAGUACCAUCAUUCCCCAAGGGGAGGCGGAGGGUUUCUUGGGAACUUUUGCGAGAAUUUUUGAAGAGUUAUGGCAUGGCGAUGGGGCCAGACCUUUUGAUGUCUUUGGUUCAUCCUGA